UCUCCAAAACAAACUCACUGUUGCACUGCCACGCAGCACAUUGAAGUGGUAAUACACAUCAGCCAUUUUAAUCUCCGUUUCCUUCUCACCGAUAUUUCCCCUUGGAUGUAUUUCUUCAUAUUUCGAGCCCAGAAUUUGGCUGGCUUUUCCUCUUUAUCUCCCAGCUUUUGGAUUGCCAUGCACAGACUAUUAUUCCCAUCAUUCCUCCGUCAAAACCCAAACUUCAAUCAAAAGUCUCAACGCCAACAAUCUCUCAUAGGGAAAAGGAGCUAUUUUCAAUGAAUACCCCCAAAUCGUCAAAGAUACCACAACAAUCUGACGAGACCGCAUCGUCUAUGAUUCCAUCUACACAAGCAGAGCAAGGGGUAAGUAUUACUCAGCAAAAUGAAGCCCUAUCGCAUUUGAUUUCAUCUUCACAGGCAGGGCAACAGGUGGGGCAACAGGAAUCGGCAUCGUCAUGGUUCCAAGGUGUAUUUUCUCUUGAAAAUGGUCAUUGGGGCGCUAAAAUCAACGAUAUUCCGUUGGGAACGUUUAAGUCCGAAAUAGCCGCAGCAAGAGCUUACGAUAGCGCGGCCCUCAAACUCUUCGACAAUGAUUUCAUGCGCAACUUGUUGUUAACGGGUGUUACUAUUAAUGAGCCCCUUUUUCAUGGCAUUCAUAAUAGUGAAGUCAUCAUUAAUAUGAUUAAAGAUGGCUCCUACGAACGCAAUUAUAAGAAUUUCCUUUACUAUCGAUGUCAUGACAUCCCCUAUGGUGACUCUGUAGUAAUGCCUACUUCCUUGGACGCCAUAAAAGGGCUCAUUUUUAAGGAAUUGUUUCGUAAAGAGAUACUUUUGACUGAAUGUCAGAAUCAGAAUUUUCUUAUUUUACCUACUAAAGCUCAGUUGUGCUUUGAGCCAUUGAAGUCCUAUAGAGGCGAAGUAUGGUGUGAAUUUAAAGACAGGACGAAUCGGUCAUGGGCAUUUCAAUUAUGUUUGCUGAAUAAUUCUCAGGUUUACGUGUUCAGUGCGGGUUGGAACAAAUUUUUUAGGGAGAUGGAGCUUCGUGGUAGUGAUAUUGUCCUCUUCUAUCAUUAUAUGGACCUGCGAAAUUUUCCCGAUAGAUUUUCUUAUAUGAUUGAUGUCAUCCGGGGUGUCAGAUAUCCCUGGCUGCUGCGGCAAUACUGAGCAUCAUUCAUGUGGAAGAUUGAAUGCUAUCUAGCAGUGAUUAUUUCUCUUUAAAAAAUUUGAAAAUUUUCUAAAAUCUUGUAUUUAGAAAAAGAUAGG